AUUUACAUUAUCUAACACUAACACUGUAGAGAUUCUCAUAUGUGUAUUUGUCUUUAUAAUAGAUUAAAAUAUGGGAUCGUCUCCAUCCAAACCUGAAUUUGUCACAGUUCUGGCUGAUAAAACUUUUUCUACAAAUGGACAAAACAUUAUCCUUCAAUGUGAAGCAAAUACAGAAUAUGUAACAGCAACAUGGCAAAAAGACGGCAGCAAAUUGUUAUGUGUGGAGGGCAAACACCGUGUGAACAAAAUUGGUAAAAAAUGUGUCUUGGAAAUUGUGAAACUUGAGGGAAAUGAUGAAGGGAAAUACACUUUAACCCUGAGCAACACAUCGGGUUCUGUAUCAUGUUCCGCCCUCGUCAGAGUCGUAAUUCCACAAUGGAGAGAAGUGCAGUGGAAAAGACAAGAUGAAAUGUUAAAUAAUCUGAAGACUUUUAAAGUUUGUAAUCCAGUUGAACAGCUCAACUUCCUCUUGUAUGGAUUAGUUGGAGCAGGAAAAUCCAGCACCAUAAACACCAUCAGAAGCAUCUUUGAAGGACGUCUGUAUGUCAACUGCUUGGCUGCUGCAGGAUCUACUACGAGUCAGACUCUCUCUUUUGGAAGUUACAGACUUGAAGAUGAAGAAGGAUCGUUUCCUUUUGCCUUCUAUGAUGUAAUGGGUGCAGAAGCAGACGCAAAAGCUGGUGUGAACACUCAAGACAUCAUCAGUGCUUUAAAAGGUCACAUUAAGGAGGGCUACAAGUUCAGCUCUAAUGCUCCAGUGUCUGAAAGUGACCAUGGUUACAAGCGAAAUCCCAGUCUGGGUGAUCAGAUGCACUGCCUGGUGAACGUCAUAGCAGCCGACAGGAUUUCAAUGAUGGACAAAGAAUUUCUCAAUAAAUGGAAGACGAUCAGAGAAACAGCGAGCAGUAUGGGAAUCCCACAAGUGGUUUUCAUGACGACAGUAGAUUGUGCAUGUGAAUUAACCAAGGAGAAUUUGCAAAACAUCUACAAAAGCAAGAAGAUCCAAGAGAAAAUGAUUCAGUGCAGUAAUCUCACAGGUAUCCCCAUGAACCUCAUCUUCCCUGUUGUGAACUAUCAUCAGGAGACCAACAUGAACACAGAUAUAAACUGCCUGAUGCUUGAGGCCUUAAAAAAUAUUGUCCCCUGGGCGAAUGAUUAUGUAAAGACCUGUUCCAACAACCAAAAUUUACAUCAGGAUUCAAAUGAAUAAAAAAAAAAAAGAAUCACUGAAAAUAUGAAAAGCAGAGCAACACACAAUCUGAAAAUCUACUUAAUUAUUAUUACUCAAAUCCAUUAACUCUUCAAUCCCAAAUGAUGAGUAAAUGUGAUUAUGAAAGAUAAAG